AUGUACUCCGAUAUACUAAUGGGAGAACUGUAUUAUCAAAACCGAGAAAUUAAUAAUAGCACCAAAUGGACAGCCGUUGUGACCAAACCUAUAAACAAAACAGUGGCACAUAUAGCAGACAGGGCUCAGCCUAUUCGGGUGACAGAGGAGUUGAUCCCUAAAUCCAAGCGACAAAUAAGUCCCGGGGUUUGGAUCUUAGACUUUGCACAGAAUAUGGUCGGAUUGGUUGGGAUCAAAGUGCCGAAGAAUCACAAGUCUAUGAGAAUUCAGUUAAGGUAUGCCGAAGCACUCAAUCCCGACGGCAGUAUCUAUACAAAGAACUACGAAGACGCCCGAUCUAUAGACACGUUUGUUAUUGAAGACUCGGGCGUAUCAGGUAUUUCGGUUGAGACCCACUUCACAUACACCGGAUGGCAGUACAUAGAGGUCAGUGGCUUUCCGGGCGAACCUCAGUUGACUGACUUUGUGGGUCGUGUCGCCCAUACGGACACUCCUAUGACAGGAAAGUUUGAGUCCGACAACAAACUACUGAACCGUUUGUGGCUAAACGUGUUAUGGACUCAAAAGGGGAACAUAUGGUCCAUACCUACGGACUGUCCCCAAAGGAGCGAGAGGUUGGGUUGGAUGGGCGACUCGGCGGUAAUGAUACAUACGGCCAGUUAUAACGCCGACGUUUCGGCCAUAUAUAGCAAAUGGCUCCGGGAUGUGAGGGAAGCCAUUGGCAAUAACGGCCACUUCGCGAAUAUAUCGCCCCUUUUGGAUGGAUUCAACGAUGCGGCGCCGGCAUGGGGUGAUGCGGGCGUUAUAGUGCCCUAUCAUAUAUGGCGUAUGUUUGGAGACAAACAGAUACUGGAAGUCAGUUACGAGUUGAUGAACGCAUGGGUGGUCCACAUAAAGGCUGCAAAUCCUAACUAUUUAUGGACUCAAAUGACUUUUCAAGAUUUUGGUGAUUAUUUGGAAGUGAACGCCCAGACACCCAAAGAUGUAUUUGAUACGUGCAUUUUUGGUUACGACGCCCUAAUUAUGACCCAAAUGGCCGGUGCUCUCAACCGCACGGAUGACGUGAAGUUUUACACUGAAUUGCAUACAAAUAUCUCCAAUGCCUUCACAAAAGCAUUUGUCAACACAACUGACGGCAAAAUCAAAGGCGACACUCAAGCCGUGUAUGUGUUAGCCCUGGCCUUCGAGCUCUUACCUCAAAACCUGAGACCACUUGCGGUCAACCAAUUGGUCGACAAUAUUAAGGCCCACGACUACCACUACACCAAUGGGUUUAUCAGCGUUGGGUUUUCAAACGAGGUUCUGGUGAAGUAUGGGCACCGGGAUGUGGCAUAUCGACUGCUAUUACAGGAAACCUUUCCCUCGUGGGGGUACGAAAUAGCCCACAACGCGACUGCAAUGUGGGAGCACUGGGAUAAUGGGCUCAGGGAUAAGCAGUUUACUGAUAACGAUGAUCCGCCAUUGAAUUCAUUCAAUCACUACGCUUUGGGAUCAAUAGGCCGAUGGAUCUACCAAUACGUGGCCGGUAUUGACACCGACGACCAAAUGGUGGGCUUUAAACGCAUCAAAAUACAGCCCAACCCCGGGAAUGGUGUCUCGUUUGUGAAGUCCUCUUAUAAGUCAAUCAAUGGGUUCAUUGAGAACUCGUGGCAAACAAUAGGCAAUCAAUUCGUGUUGAAUACAACAAUUUCCGUCAAUACUAUGGCUUCUGUUGACCUAACCUUUGCUAAGAGUGGGAAAGUGCAUGAAGUGGGCUCCGGGACCUAUACCUUCAAUGUUACCAUGGAUUAA